AUGUUUGCUCGACCCGCACAAACUAGUGGCCAAGGCAAAGCCAAGGUCGAUGAGCUACUAAAAAAGCUCACCGCUGACUUGCAUGACGAGAAACUGUCAGCUGCACAGCGCAAAAGUCUUCUCGAGCAGCUCAAAGUUCUUGGCAGAGAUCCUGAUAAUUCUGAGUCUAUUUUCGCCAAAACGGGAAUUGAAACGCUAUGUGAAUAUGGUUUCGAAGUCGCCGAACUGGAUGUCUCACAGGAAGCUUUAAGAUGCUUGGCCAAUGCUAUGCUGUUGCAGGAGGCCCCAAGGCAACACCUUCUAGACUUGGGGUACGGCGACAAAGCGGCGCAAAGACUCAGGAACGACGAUCGGAAUGACGAAUUCCUGCUCUCUCGCAUCAUCUUUCUCUUGACAUACAAGACUACGGUUGACCUUGUAGAACUUGUCGAGAAGCAUGAAUUGGCCAACAGCAUCUGCAGGAAUCUAGCUGGUCAUGCUGACAGACUCACUGAUCCAACUAACCAGCUCGCGCACCCAAUGAACGAUAUGGCUAUGCUAGAAACCCUGAAGCUGCUGUACAAUGUAACCGCCAACAAGCCCGAAUUGGCAGCUAGAUUUGCCAGCUGUGUGCCGGACCUGUUCAGCAUUCUUUCCCAUCAGAAGCUACCUGUGCCACCAUUGCAAGUCCCCGUCAGUUCCAUCAUCAACGCAUUGAUGAUCAUGCAUAUCACCCAAGAGACUUGCCCUACCGAGAGACAGGUCCAACAACUGGUUCAUAUCCUCGACCUUUCUAUGAAGGCAUAUCAGGAGAAGGAGCUUGACAAAGCUGCGAUUCCUGUGUUGAUGGUCUUACGCAAGGUCCAGGAGAAAGCAUCACCAGAUGUGCGUAAGAGCGUUCAGUCCCUCUUGUUACCGAACGAAGAGGCCCGUUCGAAGCCUCUGGGUCAAGGUGACUCUUUGCCAUCUCGACUGCUUCGGCUCUCAAUUUCACCUUCACUGACCGAAUUACGCGACGUCAUUUCUACCUUGUUCUACGAGCUUUCUGAUAGCAACCCAACAACCUUUAUUCACAACAUCGGAUAUGGUUAUGCUGCAGGCUACCUCUCUACGCACAAGAUUGAGGUGCCGGAGACUAUGAUGCGCGCGGAUGCUCAGGGUGCGGACAUCAACCCUAUUACUGGACAACGCCUAGCUGCUGAAUCCAAGGAUCCGGAACCCGAGAUGACAGAUGAAGAGAAGGAGCGCGAAGCUGAACGUCUGUUCGUGUUGUUCGAAAGGCUGAAGGCUACAGGAGUAGUCAACGUUGAGAACCCAGUGCAUCAAGCAAUGAGGGAAGGACGCUUCGACAACUGA